AUGGCUACCAUGGCUAGGUUUAAAGCAACAAUAUUGUCUUCCGUACUCUUACCACUGCUGCUCUCUUCCCAUGGAGCAGCAGUACCAUCACCGCCGUCCUGCAAUGCGGACACGCGUCCUUACUCAGCCUGGAUGGCCGACAGUGUCAUCUCUCGCGGACAAGCCGUCUUGCCUGCAGGAACAACACCAGAAGCGUCAACCUUUCUUCAGAUCGGUGUUUUUCAAAACGCAAUUUUACAACUAAAAGAGUACUACGGGUCUCCGGAAAACGCAUGCGCACAGGCCGAUUGGGAUACCUACCUCAAAGAGAGUACGCAGAGCGUCACUCCUUGGCUUCUCAAUGCCACCAAGGAUACUCAGUAUCCUCUUGAUCGAUUCUCUGAUGGCAAUGGGCUAUUUUACCAAUAUGAGCGAACGGAUAACGAAACUUAUAAAGCGGCGCUGGAUGCAUUGCAGCAGUCCAUCUACCUUCAACCCAAGAACAAAUAUGGGGGGUACUGGUAUUUCAAAUACCCAAACUGGAGUUACCUUGACGGCAUGUACUCGCUCAUUCCCUUCUAUUCUACCUACACGGCCAGGUUCGCGGCCGAGAAUAGUAGUGCGGUAGGAAAGGAUCUUGUUUAUCAACUCGACCUCCUUUGGUCCCAUUGUCAUCAGAACAACACCGGCCUACUGGUACACGGGUAUGACGCAUCAAAAACAGCGGUCUGGGCGAAUCCGGUCACGGGUGGAAGCCCAAUUGUGUGGAUUCGCUCUUUGGGCUGGUAUAUGAUGGCCUUGGUAGAUAUUCUGGAGAUCUCACGCCAGCAAGGUGUCCUCAAUCAGGAGCAGUGGAACCAUGUGCACCAACGAUUUGUUGCGCUUUCUAAUGCAGUCAUGGCGGCGGCUGAUCCGGAGACUGGUUGCUGGUGGCAGGUUAUGACGGAUCCGAACAGAGAGGGAAAUUACAUCGAGUCCAGUGGAUCAGCGAUGUUCACGUAUGCGCUCUACAAAGGUGCGCGACUGGGCCUUUUGCACGGCAUCCCAGAGGAAGCUCUGCUACCCGCAUCUCUCGCAAGCAAAUGCUAUGGCCAUCUUUUGCAGGACUUCGUGGUCGACAACAAGAAUGGGACACUGGGGUAUAAUGGCACGGUAUCGGUUUGUAGUCUGAGCUCGAAUGCAACCUAUGAGCCCCUCCUCUACAACAGUUUGCAUGGCACUUCCUCCUUUAUUCUCGCCAGCGUGGAGCACGAGCGUGCCACCAAUGUGUCUGGAAAUUAA